AAAGUAAUUCUUCGCGAGACUGUUUUUCUUCUACAUGUGUAACAGAACUUCAUAGCUGUUAUAAAGAAAAGGUUCUUUUUAUUGAUUGCUUGUCAUGGCAACAGGAGGUGGUCCAUUUGAAGAAGGCAUGAAUGAUCAGGACUUGCCUAGCUGGAGCAAUGAGAGCCUUGAUGACCGGCUGAACAACACGGACUGGGGAAGUCAACAGAAGAAAGCAAACAGAUCUUCAGAAAAAAACAAGAAAAAGCUUGGUGGGGAAGCUGAAACAAGGCUUACUAAUGAUAUAUCUCCAGAAUCCUCACCUGGAAUGGGACGACGGAAGACCAGAACUCCUCAUAGUUUUCCUCAUGCUCGAUACAUGACCCAGAUGUCUGUUCCAGAGCAGGCUGAGCUAGAAAGGCUUAAACAAAGAAUAAACUUCAGUGAUCUGGAUCAGAGAAGCAUUGGAAGUGAUUCUCAAGGCAGGGCAACAGCUGCUAACAACAAACGUCAACUUAAUGAAAACAAAAAACCAUUCAACUUCCUGUCACUGCAGAUAAACACUAACAAAAGCAAAGAUCCUGCCUCAGGUUCCCAGAAAAAGGAAAGUGGGGCAUCAGUGCAAUGUAAAGAGUUGUUUGGAGCUGCUCUAAGCAAAGAUUUCUUGCAAAAUUGUCAUGUCUCUGCUCAUGAAGAUGGAAGGGGAGAACCAGCUAUGGAUAGUAGCCAGAUUGUGAGCAGACUAGUUCAAAUUCGCGACUAUAUUGCUAAGGCCAGCUCCAUGCGGGAUGAUCUUGUAGAGAAAAAUGAAAGAUCGGCCAAUGUUGAGCGUUUAUCGCACCUUAUAGAUCACCUUAAAGAGCAGGAGAAAUCCUAUCUGAAAUUUUUGCAAAAGAUGCUUGCUAGAGAAAAUGAGGAGGAUGAUGUUCGGACUGUAGAUUCAGCUGUGGGAUCUGGUUCUGUAGGUGAGAGCACAUCGCUAAACAUUGAUGUGCAGUCUGAGGCUUCAGAUACUACGGCCAGAGAUCCUCAACAGGAAGCUAAAGAGGAGUUGGAGAACUUGAAGAAGCAGCAUGAUUUAUUGAAAAGGAUGCUACAACAGCAGGAGCAAUUGAAGGCUCUUCAAGGAAGACAGGCAGCUCUUCUUGCUUUGCAACAUAAAGCAGAGCAAGCAAUUGCUGUCAUGGAUGAUUCUGUUGUAACAGAGACCACAGGUAGUGUUUCAGGAGUAAGCCUUACAUCAGAACUGAAUGAAGAAUUGAAUGACUUAAUUCAACGCUUUCACAACCAACUUCAUGAUUCUCAGACACAGUCUGUACCAGAUAAUAGAAGGCAAGCAGAAAGUCUUUCACUUACCAGAGAGAUUUCACAAAGCAGAAACUCUUCAAUGUCUGAACACCUGUCAGAUGAGAAGGCACAGCUUUUUAACAAGAUGCGAAUGUUGCAGGGUAAAAAGCAAAAAAUGGACAAAUUGUUAGGAGAACUUCAUACGCUUCGUGACCAACAUCUAAAUAACUCCUCCUUUUUUCCUGCUUCAGGUUCUCCUCAAAGAAGCAUUGACCAAAGAAGUACAACUUCAGCUGCCUCUGGUCCUGUAGGCAUAGUAACUGUUGUCAAUGGCGAAUCAAAUAGCCUUGCAUCUGCUCCAUACCCUCCUGAUUCCCUGGUUUCUCAGAAUGAGAGUGAAGAGGAUGACAAUCUAAAUCCAACAGAAAAGCUUCAGAAGCUAAAUGAAGUUCGUAAGAGGCUGAAUGAGUUACGUGAGUUAGUUCACUAUUAUGAGCAAACAUCUGAUAUGAUGACAGAUGCUGUGAAUGAAAACACUAAGGAAGAGGAAGAAACAGAAGAAUCAGAAAGUGAUUCUGAACAUGAGGAUCCACAGCCUGUUACAAAUAUUAGAAACCCUCAAGGAAUCAGUAGUUGGAGUGAAAUAAAUAGCAACUCAAAUGUACAGUGUGGAACUAAUAACAGAGAUGGAAGACAUCUUAAUACAGACUGUGAAAUAAAUAACCGAUCUGCUGCUAAUAUAAGGACUCUAAAAAUGUCUUCUACUCUAGACUGUCAUAAUAGGGAGGAUGCCAAAGAUAUUGACCUACCCCAAGCUGAAGAUGACGAUGUGGAAGAAGAUAGAGUUAGUGAAGAUUCCCUGUCUAGUCACAGAAGCAGCCUGGGUGAUGCUGUUGGAGAUGCUGAGUUUGAGCAGAAGAUCAAUAGGCUUAUAGCUGCAAAACAGAAACUUAGACAGUUACAAAACCUUGCUGCUAUGGUGCAGGAUGAUGAUCCAGAGCCUCAAGCAACAAUUGCAAAUGCAUCUAAUAUUGGUGACUUGUUUUUGGGUGAGAUGGAAGAGACGAAGCAACAACCGAACAAUGUCCGAGCUAGUACCAACAAGUUACAAAAAGAUGUAGGACUGAAUGAAAAAGCAAGAGAGAAGUUUUAUGAAGCUAAACUUCAGCAGCAGCAACGGGAACUUAAACAGUUACAAGAAGAAAGAAGAAAACUGAUUGAAAUUCAAGAAAAAAUUCAAGUGUUACAGAAAGCUUGUCCUGACCUUCAAUUGUCAGCUGGCCUGGUUAACUGCCCAGCAAAUAGACAGACUUCACCAGCAACUUCAACUCCAGCCAUGAAUGAGUGUAACACAGCUUGCAAGCCUUUACUUGAAUUUGAUGAAUCUGUACCAGUAGGCAAUGAGUUAUGGUCUGAGAUGAGAAGACAUGAGAUUUUAAGAGAAGAAUUGCGACAGAGAAGAAAGCAACUUGAAGCUUUAAUGGCUGAACAUCAGAGGAGGAGAGAGCUCGCAGAAACAAUAUCUACUGUUGCUGCAUCUGUUAAAAGUGAAGGAUCAGAAGCUCAGCGCACUCCACAGCAGAGUAGGACUGAAAAGACAAUGGCUACGUGGGGAGGUUCUACCCAGUGUGCAAUAGAUGAAGAGGAUGGAGAUGAAGACGGUUAUCUCUCUGAUGGAGCUGGUCAGGCAGAAGAAGAGGAAGAAGAUGCAUCAAGUUUGAAUGACAGUUUCUCUAUUUAUCCCAAUAACAACAUACCAGAAAAUGCAUAUUUUGUUAAAGAAAACAAGGACAGGUGGAAAAAUUGCCGUCCUCUUUCAGCAGAUGGGAAUUACCGUCCAUUGUCUAAGGCCAGGCAACAGCAAAACAUAAGUAUGCGACGUCAGGAAAAUGUUCGGUGGAUGUCUGAACUUUCAUAUGUGGAAGAAAAGGAACAGUGGCAAGAGCAGAUCAAUCAGUUGAAGAAACAGCAUGAAUUUAGUGUCAGCAUUUGUCAAACUUUGAUGCAGGAUCAGCAGACCCUCUCUUGUCUUCUACAGACUUUGCUUACAGGCCCUUACAAUAUGAUGCCCAAUAAUGUUGCAUCUUCACAAGUACAUCUUAUUAUGCAUCAGUUGAACCAGUGUUACACUCAACUGACUUGGCAGCAGAAUAAUGUCCAAAGGUUGAAACAAAUGUUGAAUGAUCUUAUGCGCCAGCAAGAAGAACAACAGUGUCAAGAGAAGCCAUUGAGAAAGGAGAGCGGCAGUAGUGCACCACCACCUCCAUCUCCUGUUUUCUGUCCAUUCAGCUUUCCUCCACAACCUGUGAAUCUGUUUAAUGUACCAGGUUUUACUAAUUUUUCUUCCUUUGCUCCAGGUAUUAACUAUAAUCCAGUAUUCCCUUCUGGGUUUGGAGAUUUUGCACACACUAUUUCCCCACACAGCAGUGAGCAGCAGCAACAUCCUCUAGAUCAUAAUGCCUCUGGGAAAACUGAGUAUAUGGCAUUCCCCAAACCUUUUGAAAGCAGUUCCUCUAAUGGAGCAGAAAAACAAAGGAGGAGUCACAGACAACCUGAAGAGGAAACUGAAAAAAGAUCAGCCUGGCUUAAUGAUAGCCAGGAAGCAAAAAAAGAUGAUCAGUCUCAGCUGAAAGCAGGUUUUGCAGUUUCAGUACAAAACAUUGCUUCUGGUCAUAAAAAUCAGUCUGAUGUGAGCAGGAGAAGAGAUUUUGAUGAAGAGUCGUUGGAGAGUUUCAGUAGCAUGCCUGAUCCAGUAGACCCAACUACUGUGACAAAGACAUUUAAAUCUAGAAAAGCGUCAGCACAAGCAAGCUUGGCAUCAAAAGAUAAAACACCCAAAUCGAAGAAUAAGAGGAAGAGUUCUUCUCAGAUAAAAGGCAGAAGUAAAAAUAUUGGUUAUGAAAGUGCAAGUGCUUCUAGUGUGUGUGAACCCUGCAAGAACAAUAAAAGCAGACACUCUGAAGAGGUUGUUCAUGCAAAGGUGUUCAGCAAACGGAAUCGGGAACAAUUGGAAAAAAUAAUUAAAUACAGUAGAUCUACAGAAAUGUCUUCAGCGCAUGCUAGGAGAAUUCUGCAGCAGUCUAACAGAAAUGCAUGCAUUGAAGCGCCAGAAACUGGUAGUGAUCUUUCUAUGUUUGAAGCUUUGCGAGACACAAUUUAUUCUGAAGUGGCAACUCUUAUUUCUCAAAAUGAGUCUCGUCCCCACUUUCUUAUUGAACUUUUCCAUGAGCUUCAGUUGCUAAAUACAGAUUACCUGAGGCAAAGGGCUCUAUAUGCUUUACAGGAUAUAGUGACCAGACAUUUAUCUGAGAACAACGAAAACCAGAAGUGCACAAAAUCACUGAAUUCUGCAACAUGGAUGGCAUCAAAUUCUGAGCUGACUCCCAGUGAAAGCCUUGCUUCUACAGAUGAUGAAACGUUUGGCAAGAACUUUUCUACAGAAGCAUGUCAAGAUUGUGAACAAAAUGAUGCAGACAAUGGGAGUACUAUGUCAACAUCUUCAAAUUUUGAACCCUUUGCUACUGAUGACCUUGGCAACACAGUGAUUCACUUAGAUCAAGCUUUGGCUAGGAUGAGGGAAUAUGAGCGUAUGAAAAUUGAAGCUGAAAGUACCCUUGACUCUGAGGGCUGCUCUAGUAAUUUUCAGGGUGCUUCUGCUGCUAAAUUAGAAGGUCCAAGUACUAGUGAAUGUCUUGCUGUGCCACAGCCUAGUGAAGUUUCUGCUGUUCCAUGUCCUCGUAUAGAUACUCAGCAGCUUGACCGCCAGAUUAAAGCAAUUAUGAAAGAGGUCAUUCCUUUUCUGAAGGAACACAUGGAUGAAGUAUGUUCUUCUCAAUUACUGACAUCAGUAAGACGUAUGGUCUUGACUCUUACACAACAGAACGAUGAAAGUAAAGAAUUUGUGAAGUUCUUUCAUAAGCAGCUUGGCAGUAUACUUCAGGAUUCACUGGCGAAAUUUGCUGGUAGAAAAUUAAAAGAUUGUGGGGAGGAUCUUCUUGUGGAGAUCUCUGAAGUGUUAUUUAAUGAACUAGCCUUUUUUAAAUUGAUGCAAGACUUGGACAACAACAGUAUUUCUGUGAAGCAGAGAUGUAAAAGAAAAAUAGAAACUACUGAAGUGAUACAGUCUUAUGCUAAAGAGGCAAAAAAAGGUCUCCAGGUGGAUGUUUGUUCAUCUGCUGAAGAUGUCGAUGAGGACAAAGACAAGGAUGAGACUGAAACUGCUAAACCAGUACAGGACACAGAAAUGUAUAAUGGUAAUGGAGCUCCUGAAAGUAUUAGGUCUGAUGCAUCUGAUCAAGAGGAAGAUGAGGAAAGUGAAAGCGGCCCAGUGGCAAUAAGUUUAUCAAAAGCAGAAACCCAAGCUCUGACUAACUAUGGCAGUGGAGAAGAUGAAAAUGAAGAUGAAGAAAUAGAAUUUGAGGAAGGACCUGUUGAUGUGCAGACAUCACUGCAAGCCAGCAGCGAAACAACAACUGAAAAUGAACAGCUUCCCCAACAUACUUCAAACCAAGAAUUGAGUAAGACAAAAAGCAGCGAGAUUCUGUCAUCGGAACAAGAAUCUGUUCAUGAUAAAGGUGAACAAGAUGUGGCUACAGUUUUGCCUCAUUACCUCAAUGUCAUGGAGAAUGCACCACCUUUAACAGUCAAUACCCCAGAAUCCUUUGUGACGGCCAGUAUGAAAACAGAAGAAUCAAGCUCAUCUUUACCAGUAAAUGAAACUCAAACACUAGAUACAACAUGUGUAGGAAACAAAUCUACUGCAAGUUCUGAAAGCUCUAUGGCUGGCAGCCCUGAUACAGAGUCACCUGUGUUAGUGAAUGAAUAUGAAGCUGGUUCUGGAAAUGUAAGUCAAAAAUCUGAUGAAGAUGACUUUGUGAAAGUUGAAGACUUGCCCCUUAAACUUGCAGUGUAUUCAGAGGCAGAUUUAAUGAAGAAAAUGGCAACAGAGGCCCAAACCAACAGUUUGUCUGAUGAAUUACUGGAUGGAGGUGCUGCUCAAGAUCAAGAAUUAGUAGGAGAUGCCCAAACUUUGAAAGAACCUGAAACUUUUGGAGCUCAAAGUGCAUGAGAAUUACCUGAAGAUAUCUGCAUUUAUAAACUCCGUGUAUACAAAUGCAUAUGGAAGAUCAGCCCUAAUUUCCCAGAAUUCUGGAAGUGUAUAAAAAUGUAAAAUUCUUGACACGCUGCCUCUUAGGAUAGGUAGGCUAACUUCUGCCUGUGGCAGUUUGAACAGCUGGAACUGAAUCUUCUUCUAUUCAGUUUGCUGCACUGUUCUUUUUCUGUCUUAAUCUUUUUUUUAUUUUUUAUCGUGACCUGUUUAGUAAUUUUAAAAUUGUAGUUUUAAAUAAAGUUUGGACUUGUCUGUAAAUUUGUCUUUUGAAAAAUUUUCCUCUGGCUUACGAAGUGGUAUCCGGAGUUUGUUGUUGGAAGUUAACUGACUUAAAGCAUUAGCAUGUUUAUAGCAGUUUGUUACUCCUCUUCGGAGAAGCGCUGCUAACUUUCCUGGGACAAGAGACUCUUGUCCCGCUAAGUUUCUCCAUUUUCUAUAGACAUGAGGUGUAGACAUGUUGCCUUUAUAGCCUGUGUAUAGCUGGUCUGUUAAAGGAAAAAAAAAAAAAAAUAGUUCAUGUUCAUGGCCUGUGGAGUUUAUUUCUAUCAGCACUUUUAUCUGAGGUGAAGUAAAUACUCUGGUUCUGUAGUUAACUGCAGAAACCAUCUGUAUUUUUCUGCAUUUUCUGUUUUGCACUUACAAUGUGCAAAGGGAUAAGCCUGUCUGAAAAUUUUAGUACUGUUUUCACAUGUAACACUUAAGAUUGCUGCAACUGAAAGCCUGUAGAAUCUGUUCCUAAAGUAUUUGACUUUGUAAAGAGUUUUCAUGUAGAAAGGAAGAAAUUUAGGAAAUUAAAGUUAAUGUUUAAAAAACACAGAAGUCAGCGCCUUGUGAAGUCUCAUGGCAAAGGUGCAGUUAGGAUUGUAGAAAAGUAGAUUUGAAAAUUUGAACAAAAAUUCUCUUUACUUUUUCAGAUCAGAGUUGCUAAUAACAUAAGUCAUAAAAUUGAGCUAGAAAUAGCUGCGUUAUAGAGGUCCUGCUUACCUUAAAGACGAGGCUUUUCUCAAAGUAGUUAAAAAGCAAUGGUCAUCUUAAAUUCAGGAUUGUCUUCUGUUUGGGGUUAGUGUAAUACAGCUAUAUGCUGUGGGAGACAGUCUAGGGCCAGUGAAGCCUAAAU